CAUUAUAUACCCAUUUACCUCCAGAUCUUCGUAGUAAUAUAAAAAUGUAUAUGGCUAUAAGAGUAGGAGGAGGUGUAAAUUCAACUGUAGAUGAUUUCUUUCAAAAACUUAAAAAAUGCUUGGACGAACAUCAAGUCGGA